AAGAAGAAGAACAGCCUGUGGGGCUUGAGCUCUGCACGUACUGUUGCUGUGGUUUGUAGUGGCUAGUUUCACAACGUUCAAAGAACUGGAACUAGGCCUCAAUGUCGGAUUUCUCCAUUGUUUUAUGCACGAACUAUAGUUAAGGUAAAGAAUGCAUAAGAAAACCGCUAGGAUAGUAUUGCUUUUGGUUACUUUUAAUGUCCUGGACUGCACUUUCGGCGCCGACGUACAGGGUCCUUUAAAGAAUGCCCCGAGUCGCACCGAGGGAUACUUCAUGCCAUUAUGGCAGAACAGAUUAUAUGUGUACUCCGCUGCAGCAGUGUUCUUUGGGGUCUGGUUUACCGUGAAGAUGACUCUGAAAAAGUCCUGGAAGAAAAAGGUUGAUGUUCCCGUGAAGUCUGGGCUGCACUCCACUGCAAUAAGACAGAAUGGAAAUUUGGCUGAGAAGGAGAAUAUUCAUGUUUCGGGUGUGAAGAUUUUCUAUGGAUCACAGACUGGAACAGCAAAGGGUUUUGCUGAAGAUCUGGCUGAAGAAGUUAAGAUCAAGGGUCUGAGUGCUGAAGUAAUCGACUUGAAAGAUUAUGAUCCUGAUGAAAACAUUUCAAAUGAGGGUGCGAACAAAGUCAUUUGUGUUUUCCUGCUUGCCACUUACACUGACGGGCAGCCCACUAAGAGCGCAGAGUGGUUUUGCAAGUGGCUGGAGGAGGCCUCCACUGACUUCCGAUACGGCCAAACGUACCUUAAAGGCCUGCGAUACGCCGUGUUUGGCCUGGGAAACUCUGUGUACGCCGACCACUACAAUACGGUGGGCAGAAAUGUAGAUAAAUGGCUGUGGAUGCUGAGCGGAACCCGUGUCCUUACGCGAGGACAAGGAGACUGCAAUGUGGUGAAGAGCCACAAUGGGAGCAUACAAGCAGACUUCCUGGCCUGGAAGGGUAGGUUUCUCAGCAGCCUUGCAGCCUUGGCCAAAGGAGAGAAGACAUCCUGUAGCAACAAGUGCACAAACUGCAACUGCAAGAACCACGAGAGCCAACAGGAGCAGCCAGAGCUCUCAGAGGUGGAGCUGUUUGAGUCCAGCAGUGAUGCGGAAUCAGAGGAUGAAGAGACCAGCCAUGAUGUCAUUGAUGUGGAGGAUCUGGGAAAUAUAAUGAACCAAAUUAAAAAAGCCAAGCAAAAGGAUAACCAGAUGGUGAAGUUGUCCAAGAAGAAGGAGGAGCCAAGAGAAAUGAUCACCCCUUCCCUGAGGACAGCACUGACUAAACAAGGUUACAAGCUGAUUGGAAGUCACUCAGGGGUAAAGCUCUGUCGCUGGACCAAGUCCAUGCUGAGAGGAAGAGGAGGGUGCUACAAACACACCUUCUAUGGAAUCGAGUCUCACCGCUGCAUGGAGACCACCCCCAGCCUCGCCUGCGCCAACAAAUGUGUGUUCUGCUGGAGACAUCACACUAAUCCUGUGGGCACAGAGUGGCGCUGGAAGAUGGAUCCUCCUGAGCAGAUCCUGCAAGAGGCUCUGGAGAAUCAUAGAAACAUGAUCAGGCAGUUCAGAGGUGUCCCCGGGGUGCGUCCGGAGCGGUUUGAAGAGGGGAUGGCCGUGAAGCACUGCGCCCUGUCGCUGGUGGGGGAGCCCAUCAUGUACCCUGAGAUCAACACUUUCCUAAAGCUUCUGCACCGCCACCACAUCUCCAGCUUCCUGGUGACCAACGCACAGUUUCCCAAGGAGAUCAGGAGCCUGGAGCCGGUGACGCAGCUGUACGUUAGCGUGGACGCCAGCACCAGUGAGAGCCUGCGCAAGAUCGAUCGCCCGCUCUUCAAGGACUUCUGGCAGCGCUUCCUGGAGUGUCUCAGAGCUUUGGGGAAAAAGGAACAGCGCACAGUGUACAGACUGACCCUGGUUAAGGCCUGGAAUGUGGAUGAGCUGAAGGCCUACGCUGAGCUUGUCAAUCUGGGCAAACCUGAUUUUAUUGAGGUGAAGGGGGUGACCUACUGUGGAGAAAGUACUGCCAGCACUUUGACCAUGGCCAAUGUGCCGUGGCAUGAGGAAGUGGUGCACUUCGUACAGGAGCUGGCUGACCUGCUCCCGGACUACGACAUCGCCUCUGAGCACAAGCAUUCAAACUGCCUCCUCAUUGCCCAUCAUAAAUUUAAAGUGGAAGGGGAGUGGUGGACAUGGAUUGACUAUGAAAGAUUCCAUGAGCUGAUCCAGCGCUUUAAUGAGAGUGGAGGCACCAGGACCUUCUCCUCCCGGGACUACAUGGCCAAGACUCCAGACUGGGCCGUUUUUGGGGCCAGGGAGAGGGGGUUCGACCCUGCAGACAUCCGCUUCCAAAGGAAAAACAAAACCAAAGACAUAUCGGGGUGUUGAAGACAGUCGAUCAUUUUCCAUGAUUCUGUUGGACAAGGAUUCUACUUUUAUAUUCAGAUUGAAAACCAUCUGAUCAGGAGGAGUACACGAUUCCAAGGGUCUUCUGUCUGUUUUGUGCAUUCGGAUUGAGUUCUCUGAACAAAAGAACCAGUCAAGGUCAUAUCAGCUCUUUCAUUGUUCCACUCAAGACAUUUGCCAACAGAUUAACAUAAUUAGAAUCUUCGGUCCUUGUUUGGGUAUUCAAAUCCUCUCUCUCCCCCUCCCUCCCUUCCAGAGCGAAGGCCAUUGUGUGUUAAUUUGCUAGUUUGCUCCUGUAACAAUAAAUGUGCUGAGAUUGUUUAGAAACAUGUUACAUUUUCAUCUGAUAAUUGUGCAAACAGACUGCAAACUAUGACAAUACAUUAGCAUAUAUGAUUCAGAAACAAGUUUCUUUUCAUAUUCGGACCUUCACGUGUUACAUGAUGCAGCACACCCAGGUACCAUUGAUGUGCAGUAACUAGAAUUUGAAAAAUGACCAGGAUAUUUGUAUUGCCCACUUUGAGCUAUUCAUUUCAAGGAUCCCACUAAACUGCUCAUUCAGUUUUUGAAAGUGCACCAAGAGUGCCAAACCCAAAACAUUAUUCAACUGACAGACAUGCAGAAAUGAUCAAACUAAUGUUCUGAAUUAUGCUGUGCUAUCCAUAUAUACAAGUUUGGGUGUUCUUUUUUUGUGUAAAUUCCAGGUUUGUAUCUUAUCGGUCCUUUAAAUGUUGCUACUGACUUGACAAAUGGAUGUGAAAGUGUACAUUUUUAUUUGUAGGUUUGGGGUGCCAGUUACAUUAAUAAAGACUGUAACACUUGAUGCA